AUUCUCGUUAUUUAGAGUCACGUUUUCGAAGUGAUAUUGCUAAAUCUCAAGAGUGGUGGCACUCAAUUAUUCCCAAAUAUGAUGACAUUAGAUUUAAAAAAAUUAUGAGAAUGGAUUCUCAAAGCUUUCAAAGUCUUAUAAAUAAUAUUGAAAUACACACAGUUUUUCAAUCAACCGGUAAUAAACAGCAAGCUCCAGUUGAAUUACAACUAGCUAUUUUUUUACGAAGAGAAACGAAUUAUAAAAUUGAGAAUCGUAUUGCUGUUGAAAAACACAUUGCUCUUGAAGAGGAAGAUGUUGAAAAGGAAAGACAUAUUGCUAUUGCUUUUAAAGCUAGCGUCACUGCUGCUGAGAAAGUUCAGAAAGUUGCUAUUAAGGUUGAAAAAGAAUAUUUUGUAAUUGUGGUUCAAUAA